AUGUUUCAGCUUUGGAAACUUGUUCUCUUGUGCGGCCUGCUCGCUGGGACCUCAGCAUCUCUUCUUAACGAUCGUGGCAACAGUUUUCUGAGGACAGUGAAUUCUGGUCUUGAGAGCAGACUUGGCAUCUUUGACAGUACAUCUGAAAUUAUACUUCAGAGGUUGAAGACUGAAUUGGAAUCCAGAUGUUUGGAUGAGGUUGUGGAGGAGACCCUGGAAACUGAGAAUUUGUUGGAACAACUCAUUUCUAGAAUUUUUCAAGAAGUGAACAGUGAUACAAGGGUGAGAAUCAGGAACGUCCAGGUCCCGGAUAUCAAAUUUGAAGCGACUUCUGACGACAGUGCUGAUGUGACAAUCCCCAUCACUGCUGACGUCACCGUGAACCUGCCUCUGUUGGGUGACAUUGUUGACCUGGGCCUCAAAGUGGACCUCCAAACUAGUGUCAGCAUUGAAACUGAUGCCGAGACUGGUGACCCCAAGGUGGUUGUGGGAGAAUGCACCAACAACCCAGAAAGCGUCUCACUCACGGUGUUGCACAGACGCUUUAGGCUGCUCAGUGAUGCUGUGGACUUUGGAGUCAACCUUGUAAGACAGUUGGUGUCCUCUGUAGUGCACAAUGAGCUGUGCCCACGAAUCCGUGAACUCCUUGAAAGCCUGGAUGUAGAGUGUGUUAAGAAACUCAUCGGUGAGCCUCAGAACACCCAACAGGAAACUAAAGUGCGCAAGUGA